CAUGAACAUUGAACAAAGAAAAGAUGAGAUCAUGAGAAGGCAUAAAUGGAGGACCCACUUAUGCGGUAGCAAUUUGCAUCGUCUUAUGCGGCGACUAUUUGCCUCGUCUCAUUGGCUUUUCGCCUCAUCUUUCGUGGCUUCAUUACGCCUCUUAGCUUUCACUAUCGAAUCAUAAAGGAAGUCGAGUAAAAGAAGUAACAUCGUAUCAGGGAGCAGAGAGCAGGGAGCAGGGAGCAUCUUUCAUGAGGAACUGAACCACAUGGCUGUCUUAAGCAACUUGAUAACCAAGAGCUUCAACCUUGAAGAUAAAAUGCAAAUAAUCGAAAGAAAGUUUGAUAUUCUGAUUGCCCGUGCAUCUGAUAUCAGUACAGAGUUAGAAAUCGAAGAGCAGCAGUUAGGAAAGAAACGAAGAAGAGAAGUUGAUCAGUGGUUGAGAUAUGUUAAAGUGAAAAAAUUUGAGAUCGUGAGCUUGGGUGAAGAGGUCAAAACGACAAGACUUCUUUUACCAAAUAUGCAACUAAGGAAUCGAAUCGGAAGAAUAUUUGAUGAAAUUGAAGAACUAGAGCAACAGGGCAGAUUUCCUAAAGGGCUAGUGUUGAACGACGUCAGAAACACAAGACUGCCCUUACUGACACCAAAGCUGAUGGAUCAUAUGCUUGAAGGGAACAUUAAAACCGUUAUGAAGUGGCUACAGGAUGACAAGGUGUGUAGGAUCGGAAUUUAUGGUAUGGGAGGGGUAGGGAAAACUACCCUAAUAAUGCAUAUUCACAAUCGGCUAUUAGAAGGGAAAAUUUUUUUUCGUGAUGUGUGUUGGGUAACUAUAACUCAAAGUAGUACCAACGAGUUGCAAAACAAGAUUGCGAAAGCUGUGGGUCUAGAUCUCCCAAAUGACGAAAAUUGGAGGAGACGGGCAGCUGCACUGUCUAACAUGCUAUCCAGGAUCAGAAAAACGCUACUCAUCUUAGAUGACAUGUGGAACCAUUUUCCGUUGGAUGAAGUUGGUGUUCCUGUUGCAGGCAGUGGUUGCAAAAUUGUUAUCACAACUCGCAGUUUGGAUGUCUGUCGUAGAAUGGAGUGCCAGAAAAUCCUCAAAAUAGAACCACUUUCUGAACGAGAUGCCUGGAAAUUGUUUUCAGGAAAUCUCGGGAAUUACCAGGAUCUUCCUGAUAGAUUGAUAGAAGUUGCAAAGUCUAUUGUAAAAGAAUGCGGUGGCUUACCCCUUGCGAUAAGGACCAUGGCUCGAAGCAUGAAUGGUGUGCUUUAUGUGAGCGAAUGGAAAAAUGCACUGCAAGAGCUCAAAAGACCUAUUAGAGGGCAAGAUGAUAUGAAAAAUGAGGUGUUUCCUAUUCUACAGUUCAGUUACUCUCGCUUGAAUGAUUUCAAGUUACAGAAGUGUUUCUUGAAUUGUCUUUUGUAUCCUGAAGAUACAAAGAUACACCGAGAUGAAUUAAUUAAUCUAUGGAUUGUAGAGGGAUUAUUGGAAGAGACCGAAAGCCGAGAAGAGCAAUUUCACGAGGGUCACACUAUCCUAAACAAACUCGAAAACUCAUGUUUACUAGAAGCAAAGAAUUAUAAUGAAAAAACAGGUGUAAAGAUGCAUGAUCUGAUAAGGGACAUGGCAAUAAAUAUAACAAAAGUUUCACCUCGGUUUAUGGUAAAUCCCGGAGCAGAACUGAUUGAAUUACCUCAUGAGAAACUGUGGCCGGAAGAUCUUGAAAAGGUUUCAUUUUUUCAUAAUCGAAUUAUAGAGAUUCCACAAGAAAUGUCACCUCGAUGCCCCAAUCUUUCGACUUUGUUUCUUCAAUACAAUCCCUUAGAGAGGAUUUCGGAUCCUUUUUUUAAACAGAUGAAGGCGCUCAAGAUUCUAAAUGUAUCUCAUACAAACAUCAAGAAGCUACCAGACAGUGUCUCAGACUUGGAGAAUCUUUCUGCACUUAUACUCCAAGGUUGUUGGAAUUUAAGCUGUGUACCCUCUCUGACCCGACUCCACAAAUUGAGAGAAUUAGAUAUGCGUCACACUAGAAUCAAAGAAGCACCAGAAGGAUUCGAUGUCCUCUCUAACCUUCGAUGCCUUGACUUGUCUGAAAUCAAAGAUCUUCGUAUGCCCUUAUGUAAAAUACUUCCAAAAUUUUCCCGCCUUCAGAAACUCAGACUUAGCCUAGCUAUAAUGGGGAAGGAUAUCACUAAUCUAAGGUAUUUAGAGAGAUUAGAGUGCUGGUUAGUAUUCAAUAUGAAUGAAUGGAAAAAAUUCAUUGAAAUUCGGCAUCACUGGAAAAUAAACUGCUAUAAAUUCUUUCUAAGGGGAACGAGAUGGGGAUGUAACGACAGGUACGACCAACUUCUGAACAACUUCUGCAACGGCUCAAAAAGAGUUUUGUUGGUGUCUAAGAGUAUCUUUGAUGGAAGAAAUGAUCUAAAGUUCCCAAAAAACAUCCAAUUCCUGGGAAUCAAUCAAUGUGAUUUCCAAGUAAAAGGCCUGAUUGAUGCUUUUCCCUACUUUCAUAAUGCUACAGAAUUGAAGGUAUGUGAGAUCAACAAAUGUGAAGGGAUAGAGUACAUAUGGUCACCGCCACCAGCAUCCUCGGUAAUAACGCCACCAUUUACUUUUUCUCAUUUCAAGAAGAUUCACAUCCGUAGUUGUUCAAAUAUCAAGAAACUUUUUCCGCUAGCAUUAAUACAACAAAAACUACUCCCAAACCUGCUCGAGAUUGAACUUGUAAACUGUCCUCACAUGACGGAAAUUAUAGCACUCAAUGAAGGCCAAGGAAGUACAAGGGAUUAUGAAGAUGCCCUCCUUACACUCCCACAUUUGAAAUCUAUAACGUUAAUUAACAUGCCGAAUUUAGAAAGCAUUUGCAGAGGAUUACUACAGUGUAAUUCUCUGGUCAAGGUAAAUAAGGAGAAUUGUCCUAUGUUGAACAUGAUCCCAAUAUCUUUGCCCGUGAUUUGUGAUUCUUCCGAGGGAACUCUCCGACAAGUUGCUGGAUUAAGUAUGCAAUGGUGGGCUUCACUAGAUAAAGACUAUCCUAAAGUAGUAACUGAAAUUAGACGUCUUUUGAAUAAGCGCAAGCUUCUGUAAGUUCAUUUGUAUGACCAUCUUUUUUAAAAGCUUGUUAGGCCUUGUGGCGUAUAAAAGCUAGCUUGCUGAGCUUUAAUCAAUUGAUUAAUACUGUUGCUUACUAGGACUAGUCUUCUGAUUGUACUAUAUUAUUUUUUUUUUGGAUUAUAGGUAGGCUAUGGGUAGGAUAAGGCUAGGUGAAAAUCGAUUUCAAGACUUUGGCUGAAGAAGGAUGCUUGCUCUAUUUGAGACAAGAACCGAUUCACAUACUUUAUUAUUUAAUACUCCCUCCGAACCAAUUUAGAUGUCCCAUUUGCUUGGACUCGGUUAUUAAGGAUGGUGUGGGGUCCAUUAAAAAGGAUAAGUAGUAAAGGGUAAAUAGUGAAGGGUAAAUAGUGAAGGGUAGUUGGGUAAGUAAGGUAUAUGGGGGUAUAUUCGUAAUUACUUGUGUGAACUAAGGAUAUUUAGGUAAAACAAGAUUGACAAAAAUAGAAAUGAGACAACUAAAAAGACUUUGCCAAAUAAGGAAAUGGGACAA